CGAGCUAGCCAAGGCACUCCAAAUAAUCAGUUCUGUAGGACAGUCAAGCAAUUGUUUUAGGAAAUGCCUUUUCAUUUAGAAACACUGCAACUACCUUACAGCCUAAAACCACCAAGAUCCUAUUCGUUUUUGUUGUUUUAAGAACGUUAACGAUAGUUACAUCGGGAAGAAAACCUGUUUCUAUAAGGAUGCAGCAAAAAGGACUCUGGAUUGUCUUUGCGUUGUGUGUGAUAUGGCGCACUGCUUUGUCUGUGACAAGGUACUCCAUUCCCGAGGAGAUGGAAAGAGGCUCCGUAGUAGCGAACUUAGCCGCAGAUUUGGGACUGGAGCUUGGAGGAUUGGUACACCGUGAGGUAAAGCUCGAUAUUUUUCAUAGCAAAAGAUACCUGGAUGUCAACAAAAAAACUGGUGAGCUUUCUAUCGUGGAGAAAAUAGACAGAGAAUACCUUUGUCCGACGAAAACGGCUACGACCUGUUUUGUUAAACUAGAUCUUAUCAUAGAAAGUCCCUUACGCAUUUUCAACAUUGAGUUGGAAAUCACAGACAUAAAUGACAACGCUCCCCAUUUCCGAAGGGACAGGGUGGAGUUGGACGUUUCCGAAUCAGCCACACCGGGGGAGAGAUUCUCCCUACCCAAUGCAGUUGACCCAGACGUUGGUUUUAACACAGUCAAAACGUAUCAGCUCAGUGAAAGUGAACAUUUUACCAUAGAGAUUCAGACAGGGAGUGAUGGCACUAAAUAUGUUGACUUGGUUUUGACAAAGGCCUUAGACCGAGAGGAGCACUCGGUCCACAAUCUAAUAUUAACGGCCAUUGACGGCGGAGUCCCAGCACGCUCUGGCACAGCAAAUAUUGUUGUUCGAGUGCAGGAUACAAACGACAACGCCCCUCGGUUCGACCUACCGGUUUUUUCCGUUAACAUGACCGAGAACUCUCCAAUUGGAACCCUUGUAACGAAACUAAACGCCACAGAUAUAGACGAGGGUCCUAACGCAGACAUAACGUACGCGUUUACACUUUACACAUCUGAGAAAACUCAGGACAUCUUUGCACUGAAUCCAAACACUGGAGAGAUAACAGUAAAGGGAACUAUUGACUUUGAGGACAUGAAAUUCUACGAGAUGCACGUUGAGGCAAAAGACAAAGGCGAGCAGCCCCUGUUGGGCCAGUGUAAACUAAUAGUUCACGUAACGGAUAUGAACGAUAACUACCCAGAAAUUACUAUUACAUCUCUUAAAGGUACCGUUAACGAGGAUAUCCGCGUCGGCACAGUCAUAGCUCUUAUAGGUGUAAGCGACAAGGACACGGGAAACAAUGGCAAGGUGAGACUAUCAAUUACCCAGCCUCUACCAUUUAUUUUGAACAAGUCCUCUGAUGUUCAUUAUGAGCUCAUAGUAUCAGAACCUUUAGACCGUGAAAAAGUUCUGGAGUAUGACAUCACACUGGUAGUGAGUGAUGAAGGAACGCCCUCUUUAUCUGAUAACGAAACGAUUACUUUACAUUUGUUGGAUGUCAAUGACAAUGCGCCCCAGUUCCCUCAGUCGUUCUACACAAUUCCCGUUACUGAGAAUAACGCACCUGGGGCCUUGUUAAGUUCCCUCACUGCGUUUGAUCCUGACCUCCAUGAAAACCAGUAUCUCGUGUAUUUUAUCAUAGAAAAGGAGAUAGUGAACACCUCCAUGUCCAUGCUGUUCUCCAUCAAUCCAGAGAAUGGUAAUCUUUACGCACUAAAGACGUUUGACUACGAAAUAGAGAAGGAGUUUCUUUUCCACAUUGAGGCCAGAGACUCUGGUGUCCCUCCACUCAGCAGUAACGUUACUGUUCACAUCGUUAUUGUGGACCAGAAUGACAACACACCAGUCAUCGUCUCUCCAUGGCGCGCACACGGGUCCAUGGUGGAGGAAAAGAUCCCCAGAUCCAUCGAUAAAGGAUCUUUGGUUUCCAAGGUGAUAGCCAUAGACACGGACUCGGUACAGAACUCUCGCAUUACAUAUCAGUUUCUCCAGGUGACUGACGCCACGUUGUUCAGUCUGGAUCAAUACAACGGAGAGAUCAGGACUAUGAGAAUGUUCAGUUACAGAGACCCACGUCACCAACGGCUGGUUGUCAUCGCCAAGGACAACGGACAGCCUGCGCUCUCUGCUACAGUCACCAUAAAGCUCUCCACGGUGGAGACUGCUUUUAAAGCCUACUCUGACAUGACUGAAGUGCCUCUAGAAUAUGACAUCUUCUCUGACCUCAACCUGUAUCUGGUGAUCGGACUGGGCUCGGUGUCGUUUCUGUUACUGAUCACCAUAUUGGUCACCUGCGUGCUGAAGUGUCAGAAACCGAAGCCCAGCAAAGCGGCUCCUCCCUGCAGGAACAGCGUGAUCAGCGAGAGGAACUCCACCAUCGCGGAUUCCACCCUGGUCUCCAACGAUGCGUACUGGUACAGCCUGUUUCUAGCGGAGACGAGGAAGGGGAAGCUGGUAGUCAGACAGCCUGUGCCAAAGGGAUCCAGAUACAUCGUGUCCAGUAUUCCAAGAAGCACAGGACUGACAGAGACCAGCGACUCCGCUGCUUCUACUCUGCAGGUGAGACGAGAGUUUUUAAUGUUGUGA